UGCCUUGCGCAUGCGCAGUGCUGUGCUCCGUGCGGCGUUCCGCUGAAGGGAUGAGGGCAGCGGAUUCAUGAACAACAGACCCAGAUGCUGAUGAGAGAAGCGCGGCUACACGGGGGACGCACGGUUGUCAGAGAAUGCCACGGCAGGAAAAGAGUUUCCAUCCACUGGCUCUGAGGAAAGGCAUCUUUGUCUCAUUGACUAGGUUCUUUGUUUUUGACUUGAAGUCGUAACUGCAGCUAAUGCUGCAUAUCCUGACGUUACAAUGCCAGCGGGGCUGAAUGCGCAAGGCAGCGGUAUUCCUGUCUCAGAUGCGAUGGAAACCCAUCAUGUUGCAUCACCUACAUCUUUCUGGGUUUCUGGGUUGUGGCCGUGCCUUUGCAGUUGUAGAUAGGCUACUAUAGACAUACAAGAGGUCAGAUACACUGCUUGUUUUGCUUUGCUUUGCUUUACCCCAAAACGAACGUGCCUUAAAUGUAAGAAGGAGUGACCAAAUGUUGCCCAAGGGAAGGGCGUGUUGUGCCAUGGCUUCUUCCUACUCCAUUGUCUUUUCCAGGAUCAUUUAAGAGGAGGAAAAGAAAGUCCAUCAUAGUAACAGUGAUGCUCCUAAUCGUCUCCAUACUCAUCCUGGUCUUUGGUCUGGCCGCUACUACCAGGACACAAAACAUCACUGUCGGUGGCUACUAUCCAGGAGUCAUUCUCGGCUUCGGGUCCUUUCUGGGAAUCAUUGGCGCUCAUUUGAUAGAGAAUAAGAGGCAGAUGCUGGUGGCCUCCAUCGUCUUCAUCAGCUUCGGAGUGGUGGCGGCCUUCUGUUGUGCUAUAGUGGAUGGCGUUUUUGCUGCAAGACAUAUAGACCUCAGACCUCUAUAUGCUGGCCGAUGUGAAUAUUACUCCAGCGGGACCGCGUUUGAUUUAGAUGUUCACUGUCAAACCGCAUAUCGCGUCCCCUGUAACCUGCGUGUGAAGAGCAACACCUGCUACUGCUGUGACCUUUACAACUGUGGCAAAGAGCAUCCUCUUAUGGGACUUCAGAAUAAAGAUGUUUUGAAAAAAUUUAGGAAAUCCUCCAUGAUUUGGAAUCGAGUGGAAGUGCGAGGAGGGUACCAUGAGUACACAGAGGUGCGGAGCUGCCAGGACGUUGUGCAUCUUUACCACCUGCUGUGGUCUGCUACUAUCCUCAACAUUGUUGCUCUGUUUCUGGGCAUCAUCACAGCCGCGGUGCUGGGGGGAUUUAAGGACAUGAUGCCUACUGCAGCACCAGAUUCCUGUGAGCCAGAACUUCUCCCUAUUCCUCCGCCCCCAGAGACUCCUGGACCCACGACAUCCAACAACUCUUUUUACAACACUGCCCCCUGCUUACCUCCAUACACUGCCUAUGACCUUCAGGGUGCCAGCAUGUUUCCUGACUCCUCAGGCCUCUCUGAUGACUCUCAGUCUGGAGCCAGUCACAUGUGGCCAAAUAUGAUCCCGCCUCGUUAUUCUCCUCCUUAUUACCCACCUGAUGAGAAGCCCCCACCAUACAGCCCCUAAGGGACCAGUCUAAGGAAGGCAUUUUCCUGCCAAGAGAGAACUGGCAUUGGGUAUUUUUGGAUAUUGGAGUAACCCAUCAUUGAACAAUAAUUUGUCAAUGGUUUGCAGAGGAGGUUCACCUGUGCAGCGGGUUAAGUACAGAGAGACUACAGCAUUAGCCACGCUCAUUCAUCACCAUUCAGCUGAUGUAAUAUGCAACAUUAAAACUUGACAGGAUUCGCUCAAGUCAAACCCAGUGUGUAAAAUAUUCACAUUAUGUAGCCUCAAACCAAGAGGACUAUACCUAAUAACAACUAGCCUGACUAUGAGAUCAAGACUGUUCACAGAUAAGCCUUAAAAUGUGUGUCUGCUUCUAGUACGGCUCCACCUGGCUCGCCUCUUCAUCCCGUUAUAGGUAACGUCUGUGGGUCGCCUAAUUGUGUUUCCUUUGCGUAACUUCAUAAUGUGAACGUCUCCCUUCCAAAGUGGCACAAAGUGUUUCACAUCGCCUCUGCUCUCUCGGCUCGAGGAUGAGUCUCUUAUCUUAUCUAGCAAUUGAUUUGCACUUUAUUGUCUUCAGAAUUGACUGUAUUCACACAGUUCUAGAUAAUUAUAUUUAACUGUUUCGGGCAGCUAGAUUGCAAAGAACUGUACAUAUAUUUAGGCUGAAUCUUAUUUUUGUCCUGAGUGCUUCAUUAGGAUCUAAGACCUAACCUGUAAUAUGUGGUGUUUCUUCUGCAUUACGUCAAGCACACAAUCAUGUCACAAAUUCAAAUAUCCUUUUGUGACAAAAAUAUCCUUUGCUUGAUAUGUGCAAAGUAAUAAGCUCUUACAUUGUGGUAUGAAGAAUGAGAGGGCUUUCAAAACUUGUACAUUUCACAUUCGUCCACUGUUCUGCGAUGCCGACAGGACUUACCGAAUGUAAAAAAGGAGGCUUAGCUUUGUAAGUGUCCAUCAUAUAAACCUACAUUCACUACAUAAUAAUAGAAAUUCCCUCCACAAUGCAAAUAUAUCAGUGUGUGCAAUGUUGUAUAUGUUGUACAUAUACCGAACGAUCAAACUGCCUUCUCGUAACACAACAGAAUUGAGUCUUAAGACUUAGUCUUCUCCUUUUUGUCUGUUUGUGUGUUCACUGUGAAUGUCAUGUCUAUACACUGUACUUCAUGUGCUUGAUUUAUAUAAAGAACACUGUCCUUUACUGUCGUGAGUAGAGAUAUUACUUCAAAUUCAAUGAUUUUAUUACUUCCUAUUUGACAUUUGGGUGCAGUCACAUGCUAUAAAGAAAACCCGUAAAGUGGA